AAGCUCCCUAAGCUUUUGAUGAUUCCUUUGAAUUUCUCAACACUUUCAAACUCCACCGUUACAGUUUUGCCCCAAAAAGGAAAAAAAGUGACCCUUUUCUUUUUUUGGAGCGAUGAUGAUUCUUGAAGUGCAGAACAAGCUUUCAAAGUUCAAAAAAUGGCUUCAUCUCCUCAAAUUUUCAAGAUAAUUCUCCAAACCACCCUCGAUCUCCGAAAGCUGUGGUAUAUGGACUUAAACUUUACAUUGGUAGAGGAUCUCAAACUUGACACUGCAACAAAAAAGGCAUUCAGCAACAUGAUUUAAGCGAAAAAACAUAUUUUGGUCAUCCUAAAUUUGAAUUCGACGAGGGAAAUAUUGAAAAGGUUGAAGCUUAGAAAAACUCUGGAGGAUCCUUCUAUGUUGAAGAUUGUUAUGCGACAAUCAUACUUAUAUCAUAAAUACACAUUGGUGAUCUCGAUAUCAUUUGUGUCCGAAGAGAUAUUUUCUUCAGAAAAUGGUCCAAAUCAGGAAACUAUGCCUAUAUUUUCUGUGGAUGGAAGAAGUUUGCAAAGGAUCGUGGUUUUUUUUUCCGAGUAUAACAUGUGAGGAUAGGUGAUCGAACUCACAACCUCGUUUUGGCUUUCGGCAAAGUACGAUGACUUGAAACGUGGGGAUGUUGAGGAUAGGAAACUUUUCACAAGAUGAUUCCACAAAAGUUUGUUGAAGAAUAUGGGAAGUUUCUGUCAAGUUCCGUGCGUCUCAAGCUUCCCGACGGUAAGGAAUGGAAAGUGGGUUUAAAGGCCACCACAAACGGCGCCGUUUGGCUGCAAAAUGGCUGGCAUCCAUUUGCGGAGCACUACCGUUUAAAACAUGGGUCGAUGUUGGUUCUUAGACUGGAUGAAAAUUCCACUUUCCAAACACUGAUAUUCGAGCCAAGUGGAUCAGAGAUCGAAUAUUCUUUCAAAUUUAACGAUUUUGGGGGAGAUUUUCAAGAAGAGAGUGAUGAUGAUUCCGAUGAAAGUUUUGAGAUUUUUCACCAACAUUCUAAGAAGAGGGAAAAGCCUUCGUUGCCUUCUAGUCAAUCUCGAAAGAAGAUGAGAAGUGAAGGUUCAUUUUCCCCCAAAAUGGUUCCUCAAGAAGGACGCCAUAUUUCUAGGGAGAAGCCAAGUUGUAAGAGAAUGGCACAAAAUGGGGUUUCAAAUCGAAGGCAGCCAUUGUCAUCUCCAGCCAAGAAAGCUGAGAAAAAACCUGGUUUCAAAGUUGUUAUGGGGAAAUCAAACGUUGGAGGUAGAUUUAACUUGAUUAUUCCUAAAGAAUUUGCGGAGAAAUAUUUAGCUGAGGAGUUUGGAAUCAUCAGAGUACAAAAUUCAAAUGGCAAAACUUGGCCACUUCUAUACAAAUGGACUCGAAGCCGUGCUUAUGCUUUCAGUUACAUUUCAAGUGGGUGGAAGUGUUUUGCAGAGGAAAAUCUGUUGAAAGUAGGAGAUGUUGGGUUCUUUCAACUCAUUGAAAAUGGCCGAUUUUUAUUCACCACUGAAGAGACUUCUCCCUCUACCUCUCCUUCCCUUUCACCAAAGAAGGAAGCUGAAACUGCCACAAAUCCCUUCUUCAAAGUCGAUAUUCACUUCGUGAGCUACAGGAGCACGGUUCUGAACAUUCCUAUGGGGUUCGGGAAGAAGCAUAUUCCACCAGGAACUCACACUGUGAUGCUUAAGUUGGGAGGCAAAAAAUGGAAGGUGAGCAUGAAAAAUUACGAUCGGUGUUUCAGAUUCUCAGCCGGGUGGUGCUCCUUUUACAGGGACAAUGCCUUGCAAGAUGGAGAUACUUGCUUAUUUGAGUUGCUCAACAAGAAUCACUCUCACUUUGUAUUUAAAGUUACCAUUUUCAGGAAAAUUACUGCCUCUGUUGAAAAUGUAUUAGAAAUUUGGUAGAAGAAGGUGAAGUUUGUGCAGGCUUUUGUUUUCUUCAGAGGAAGAUGCCUUUUUUUUUUUGGGACGAAUCUCUGCACUGAAAAUACGGUUGACUUGUAAUGUUUUGUCCUUUUUUUGGGGAUUGGUUGCAUAGAGAUUUGUUUUUGUGUUAACGUUGUAUUUUAGUGAAGUUUCCUAUGAUACAGCAGUAAUUAGUUUGUAUGGAUUUAUGGAGAUCAGAUUGGGAAACUAAUUAAUGUAAAUUUCUUUGUAGCA